GUGAAGACUUGAAUUACUGUAGUGAACUGUCGUGUGUUUGUUGCAGUGCUCAUUGGAGAAACGACUCGCAGAAUGUUAUCGAGACAACAUUGGACGGGUUUGAUCGUACUGGUGGUAUACGCAACCUUCGCAUCAUGCGCGCAAGUUGAGGACCCCUGCAAGACCAAGUCCAGGGUUGUGGCUGAUGACAAAUACUGCGACAAGUACUGGGAGUGCGACAAUGGCCAGUCCAUUCAGUACGACUGCCCCAAUGGCCUGGUCUUCGCGGGGAAACACCGAGGAGUGACGGAGGGAUGCGACUAUCCAUGGAGGUCGAAUUACUGCGAAUAUCCUAAAGUGCAAACUAACCCGCCAAUCGGCACGGAGCACUGCGACUGGCUGUACGGCAUCUUCGGGCACGAGACCUCCUGCACCAGGUACUGGACCUGCUGGAACGGGACCGCCACGGAACAGCUCUGCAUCGGAGGCCUGCUCUACAACGAGAACGCCCACUCCUGCGACUGGCCAGAAAAUGUGGACGGCUGUCAGAAACAUCCGCUUUGCAACGAAGACCCCAACGGCAACGUGCCCCUCGGCAAGUCCUGCAACAGGUACUGGCAGUGCCAGGGCGGGUACCCUCGUCUGCAGAGGUGUCCUGCUAUGCUGGUCUUCGACAGGAGGUCUCUAAGAUGCGUGGUCCCACCCACUGAGGACUGUGAUGUCCCCACCACCACACCGCCACCGCUAGAAGAGGAGAACCAGGAUUCGAGACCCAACACGCACAAGAGCCAGCGACCUUCGCACGGCGAGUUCCAGGACCGCCAAAGACAAGCAUCUAGAAAUUAAGUCAUCUUCUAGAAUCUUCUAGAACACCAACACCUCCAUCCCCUCUUCUUUCGUCUACUCCUUCCCACCAUUACAACCACUUUCCAUUAGAAGUAACUUAUGCUUCAUUGUUUUUACAUUAGUCAUGUAAUUAAUUUAGGUAUUAACUUUAAGUGAACACUGCCGUGGAACUUAAAUACUCGAGCAGGGAAUCUGGAGACGUCUGUUGGGUUGGAGCAUCGAUUCUUAAAACAGUCAAAUAACCCUAAAAAGAAGAAACAAAAAUGUUCGCUGAAAAGUCAGUCAGCGCUCAAAAUUACCAAAAAGAUCUGUAGAAGACUCAUUGUUUCACUGUAACUUAAUUAAAUUAUACAACGUAAAAGGUUAAGGCAUUAUGAGAGACUAAAAAUACACGACUUUUAAUAAGCAACAUAUUUUUGGUCUGCGGGCGAACUUAUUAGGUCCGAAUAUUUGACGUGCCUUCGUAUCGUCGCCGAAGAAUUUAAAAAGCAAUUUUAUGAGAUUUUGUUAUUCCUACAAUGACCAAAUGGUUUAAAUUCCACUUUUUUACUGGAUAUUUUGAAUAAAAAUAUCCAGAAAAUUUGUUAGAAGCAUGAAUGUUUAUGCCAACCCUCGAUUUAGGGUCUAUUCCCUAAGGAGGGCCUGAAUGUAUUGAUUGAUGAUAUUAUCAACGUAACGAUGGUCCAACCCGACAAAAGUAAUUUUUUGUACUUAGUCAAUAUUUAUACCUGUAAGUUCAUAUUGUUCUUAAUAAUAGUCAAUAAAAAUUUUAUUUACUUA